ACUGUACAUGACCCUCACUCUUGAUCUCAUCACCAUCCUUAUUACUUUUUAUCUCAUUUAAAGAAGCCACUGAUUGUUUAUUGAAUCCCAUGUGUAAAACCUGCUCUGUUUGUUGUAGUCUAACUGUGGUUUCUGUAAUUAUAAACAAUAACUACGAGUGCUGGAGGUAUCAUAAUUAGAUACAGUACUCCAUAUACAGUACUGUGCAAAAGUAUUAGGCAUGUGUUUAGCAAGUCAAGUAAAUAAGUAAAUAAAUGCAGGUGCAUGCACACAAAACACACUUUUAUAUGAUUAUAGUAAAUCUGUAGCAGUUACAACCCAUGAGGUGUCAAAGCUAACAUCACUAGUAACAACCCAUUUGGUGUCACAGCAAACAUCACUAGUGAUUUUAUCAGACAAUGUGUCUUGGUUAUAAAACAGAACUGACAACAGAAACAGAAAGUAUGUAAAUGGAAAUGGCUUUAUUGAUCAUAAAACAGAACUGACAACAGAAACAGAAAAUAUGUAAAUGACAACGGCUUUAUUGGUCAACAAGCUGUAUGUAAUGUUCAGAGAGCAGAAUCGAAACGGGUCUGAAGUUGCAACUUUUGCUGCCUUCACGCACUCUCGGAAAUUCAAUAAUUCCCACUUUAACCUGGAAAUAAUUCAUGGAAUGGUGCUCUUUUAAUGUUAAAAGUUACUAAAUCAUUAGUAACAUUAAAGGUGGGGUGCCAGAGUGUUUCAUGCAUUCUGACUUCUUUAAAGUGUUAAACGUUAAAAGAUGCAGGACAUGAAUCGCACGCGGUAAGUGAAACUGAGUCAUAUGUCUGCAUUUUGUUGGCAAUGGGUGUGCACAUGCUUUAGUUCCACCUACACAUCACACCCCUCCCCACGCUUCGUAUGUUUUCGGAAACAAUUGUACAGCUGUAUCUGUCUUUUAUAAAUUUGAUCAAACUAAAGACUCUACUGAUAUUUGAAGGGUGCGCUACUAUUCUGUAACGGCCACUUUACAAAUUUAAAAAAAUCAUGAUUUUUAUUAUGAUCUCAUGUUUGUAUUUUGUUUUAUUGCGUAAUUUAGCUGUAUUUUGUUUGUUAUUAUGGCUUAAAUCAAAACAAACCAACUAAAAUUUGAUUUAUAUUAAUUGGCACAAUAUAUUAUUUUUUAUUUCAUUUACCUCAUAUAAACAAUGAUAAUAUACCCAUAACAAGUGUUUUUGUAGUCUUUAUUAUGUGCAGCUUUAUUAACAGGUUUUUCAUUCGCUCUGCGCAAGCUUGUUCUGAAAUAGUUAUAAAAUCUAAAUGAAAAAAAACCCUCAAAAUUUGUUAAGAAAAAACAACUUAGUUUUUGAGGUCACAUUUUUAUACAUCAUAUUACUGGAAAAUGCCCUGUAAUAGUGCCUUAAGUUAUAGUUGCAAAAAUACUGUCUAAUUUUUGUUAAAACUCUGCAGCAUUCUGUUAUAAUUUGUAUUAAGAUUAUAUAUAUUAUAUUUAGCGUAAGCUUGUUGGGGUAUAGCCAACUUUUGCGCCUCAUUGCAGUUUGUUGUUCUGCAUUUACCAAUACAUAUAUAAAUAAAAAAUAAUUUAUUUGUUUUAAAACUGACAUAUAUGCUAGAUAAUAAUAACCCCAAAUUAGAUCUUAUUUAUGCCUAUUUGGCACUAAAUAUAGAAGUAAGGUGGUAAUAAAAGCAAACCGUGCUAUUGAGCCACCUAAAAACACCGCAAGAGAAUACCCUUCACCGUGACAGCCAUUCGUUCACAUAACAUAACAUUACAUUAUAGUACAUUACUCGUCACAUCAUGUGUCUGUGUGAACACAUGCACAGAUUCCAGAAAAUCACUGGCAGUAUGAAUGAAUCAAACGAUCCUGUGACAAAAUCUGAAACAAUUAUCUGUGUAUUUUCCGGGAUAUCUGUGUGAAAGGGGCUAUAUUAAUCUUGAGAACCUAUAGAGUAGUAUUGCAUACUUAAUAUUUCUGCAGAGGCUUUUAUUUUUUUCACAUUUAUAAAAGACAGAUACAGCUGUACGAUUAUUUCCAAAAACAGUCGAGCUCCUGGAGGCGUGCAGUGGGCAGAACUAAAGCAAGAGCACACAAUAUAACAUUGCAUUAACCCUGCAUAAGUGUUGAUUCACUACAUGUUCGUAUUGUUUAAAUUAUGCACGUUCGCACCAAUUGCCAACUAAACAUAUUUUGGCGCUGGGACCGCUCCAUCUAUUAGUUUCAAACGAUCUGCAAAUCCAGCGUUAUAUCCACCGUUUAUAUACAACUGUGACAUUCAUCACCGAAAUGCAGUGAACAAACAAACACACUUGUACAACAAAACGAAGUACAUUGAUGGGUGUACUCUUCCUCUCGCUCCCCUUCUGGUUAUGUGUGCAUGUGCGCUGUUCCGGGGGAAAUUGCCCAUAAAAGGAAUAAGGACCUCCGUUUCGUCACGGUUAUCCAUGGUUUAAAAGAAGGUUGCAAAAUUUGUUCGAAAGCUGAGGAAGUGUAUUUUGCAUAGAAAUACUAUGUAAUAAGUCCAACUCGUUUCUUAACUCUUUGCUCAUGUUUAGCAUGAGAAUCCAACAAUUGUAACAGUGUAAAUAAGUGGGAAUUAAUAAAAUAGCUUUGCAUCCCCCUUUAAAGCUGAAAUCCAACCUGAAUGAUGGAAACUCCGAAUAACGUACAAUCACUAGACUAGCGAUCAUCAAAUCCUUUUAACAGUUUAUUGUACAGACUUUUUACAAAACUUUUGCUCUCUAGAAAACAUGUCAGUUCCAGCUAAAAUUCUUUUAAGUUCAAGUAUUGGCAUUAUAAACACUAAAUUAUUACCAACAUAUGAAAUUAAAUGUCUUCUCAAUUUACUUUGUGUAAAGUAAAACUACGUGUCCACUUAUGGUUGGAUUUUUUUACUGCAAGUGUUAUUAAGUGACCUCUCUUUUGUUAGCAUUGUGUCCGUUUCUGUGUAUCUGCAGCUGUUGUCCGGUUGGCACUAGGGGUUGAGCGACCUUAGAUUUUUUGAGGUUGAGUCAAUGACGUCAUUAAUAAAUAAAAUAAGAGCUAGGAAAUGUUUUGCAACAAGAUUUGAUGGGUGUGGGCAGUAAGACACUGGUGUGCGCGGGCUGCAGGAGAAUGGCGGGACUCCCGCAAAAUAGCCUCUAAGCAUAUAGUAUCUACAUACAAAUAAACGUCUUGGUUACGGAUGUAACCUCAGUUUCCUGAUGGAGGGAACAAGACGUUGUGUCGAACCGACAGAUGGGGUUCGCUCUUGAGAACCUAUCAACUUCUGACUAGUUUAGAAAAGGCCAAUGAAAUUGGCGAAUGAAAUUUGCAUGCUGGACUCCGCCCCCGGAUAUCCGGGUAUAAAAGGGAGACGGCGUGCUGCAUUCAUUCACCUUUGCUCUGAGGAGCCUGAGACCUCUCACGACUGCUGCAGCGGGCAGCACGCAUUGUGGCAUAAGGGACACAACGUCUCGUUCCCUCCAUCAGGGAACUGAGGUUACAUCCGACCGGACCAGCACGUGCUUGUCCUGCAUGAGAGGUUGUAGCCCCUUCAGUGCAGGUAGCACAUCCAACAACUCUAGGCAGUUGAUAUGCCCGCGCAGGCGGGGGCCCGUCCAUCGCCCCGACACUGCGUGCCCGUUGCACACGGCACCCCAACCCUGCAGGGAGGCAUCUGUCGUCACCACGACGUGCCUCGUGACCUGCCCGAGAGGGACCCCCGUCCGUAGAAAGGUCAUUGAAGACCAAGGGGUUAGGGAGCGUCGGCAGAGAGGCGUAAUCACCAUCCACCUGCUGCCGGUGUGCCACGCUCUCCAGGGAACUCGACUCUGUAGCCAGUGUUGGAGCGGUCUCAUGUGCUUCAACCCGAGGGGUAUCACCCCCGCCGAGGAUGCCAUGAGCCCAGGAGCCUCUGAAAUUGUUUCAGGGGGACCGCUGACUGCUUGAAGUGUUCCAGGCAGUUCAACACUGACUUAGCGCGCUCUGUAGUCAGUCGCGCUGUAAUGGAGACAGAGUUGAGUUCCAUACCAAGAAAGAGGGUGCUCUGCACAGGGGAGAGCUUGCUCUUUUUUUCGGUUGACCUGUAGUCCCAAUCAAUCUAGGUGCCGAAGCACUAGGUCCCUGUGUGUACAUAACAGAUCUCGCGAGUGUGUCAAGAUGAGCCAGUCGUCGAGAUAGUUUAGUACCUGCACAGCUCUCUCCCUGAGGGGAGUGAGGGUGGCUUCCACAUCUUCGUGAAGACUCGUGGGAACAGGGACAGACCGAAAGGGAGGACUCUGUACUGAUAUGCCCGACCCUCGAAAGCGAACCGUAGGAAUGGGCGAUGACGUGGGAGAAUCGAGAUAUGAAAGUAAGCGUCCUUCAGGUCGAUUGCCAUGAACCAAUCUUGACAUCUGAUAGAUGCCAGGAUGUGCUUCUGCGUGAGCAUCCUGAACGGCAGCUUGAGUAGGUGCCUGUUCAGGGUACGCAGAUCUAGCAACCCCCGCUUUUUUGGAGACGAAGUACGGGCUGUAAAACCCAUUGAACAUCUCAGCUAGAGGGACGAGCAUGAUCACUUCCUCUCCAGAGGGGUGGCGACCUCGGCCCAAAUCACGGGAGCAUCCUUGCCUCUGACUGAGGUUUGAGAGGAUGCCCCGAAACGCCUGGGCGGGCGUCUGGGGAGUUGGAUCGCGUAGCCGAGACGGAUCGUAUCCCGUAGUCACCGUGACGGUUUGGGAAGCUCUUGUCAGGCUCCCAGGGACCGAGAAAGGGAGGCUAGGGGUACGUUCUGCUUCAUCGACCUCCCAGGGGGUGGUUCGAUGGCUGGCAGUGCGGAUCCCUCGCCGUGGGGAAGCCCCCAGAGAGGAGAUCGGCUCUGCUGAUUUACCUGCCUGGCGAUGAUGUAGCACACCGCACCGUCGAUUGAGAGUGCUGAGGGCUGCUGAUUAUCCUCGACAUUGGGUCUCGCCGCAACGUCGAGUUGCCGAACACCUUCAUGUAGAGGGUGAGAGCUGCUGUGAUAAACACCCAGACGAUGAUGUAGCACAACGCACCAUCGAUUGAGAGUGCUGAGGGCUGCUGAUUAUCCUCGACAUUUGGUCUCGCCGUGACGCAACGUUUCACACUGCCCGCGAAUAUUCGGUGAAUGUUCGUCGUCAUAACACGCUAGAACAAAAACAAUAGAUUCCUAUGAAUGACGAACAUCCACAUGCUGAAAAUGUGAUUUUUUUCAUCUCCAGUACGACAAUUUUUUUUAUAUUCGCAGGACGGAGAAACAGGCCAUCGAAUUAGAUUUAAGCUUAACGCCCGUUUCAAACUGAGCAGAGGCAGAGCGGGAGCAGCACGUAGGGAGAGCGUUGGCAGCGCGUGCCCAUUUUCCUUUCACACUGGCCCAGGGUACCACAGUACAACAAUGUACAUCAAUGAGCAAAAUAUCUUCCAGAACUUCAUCAAAGCGCUUUUAAAGAAGAUUGCAUUACUAUGAUUUGUUAUAUCUGCCUGUUUCAUCCUCAUUUAGAUCCAAGUUAUAAAUAAAGCUUUGAAGGAUAUGAAGGCACUAAAGGGUUAACUCACCAUAGAGUGACUGACUUGUUAUAUGAUCACUUUUCUCUCACACAUGAAACGCAAUAUAUAUUUGAAUAUUCGUAUUUUUCAUGAGAAUAAAAACUGCAUCACCACAGGGUUAGAAUUGUCUUGUCUUAUUUAACGCUUCUUCACUUCAUCUGUAAUGACUUUAUAAUAUACAGAAAAUAUAAAAAAUCAUUUGCAUGUGUUCCCAAACCUUUGUUCAGUCAGAUCGCAAGCUAGUUUAAAUAUUUUAAGUUCACACACGGCGGUCUGACGGAUCACGUGUUAUGCUCGACUCACAUCACCAUAUUAAAUAGUUUUAAAAACGUGAGCCACAGAAUUCGUUAACAUUACUUAUAUAUAAGUUGGUAUAAAAAUACCAACGUAACAUUAAAUGAUUAGUUGAUUAAUUUAUUUAUUACCAUAACUUGUUCUGAGCGGUUGUUCAUUCGUUAGAAAUAUAUUAGGCUAACUGAUGCUGAUUUCAACAACUUGAAACAUUAAAAUGUACAUUUCACUGCAACUAAUGUUAAUAAGUUUGGCCUUAGCAUAAGACUGGUACCCUUUUCCAUACCUAAAGCCUGUAUUUUCCUCCUAAGAACUUCAAAUAGGGUCGUCGCCUGUAAAUAAAUUCACACAGAUGUUUUUUUGUUUUGUUUUAAAACACGCUGUAAUUCCUUAGUUAGGCUACCUUAGUUGAUUUUAUUUAUUUAUGCAAAUGCAAUAAGCUAAACAAGACAGACCCCACCCAGCACCAGACAUCAUUUGGACGUCUUUUUUGGGGCAAAAUCAAGUCGGCCCAUCCUGGCCGUCUUUUAGCCCAAAAAUUUACGUCGAAAAUUGGUCUUUUUUUGGUCCGUCUAAAUUUGGUCCAAAUUUGUCCCAAAAACGACUUAGAUAAUUGGCCUUUUUUUGGUCCAUCUAAAUUUGUUCCAAAUAACAACAUUGAAAAUUGUCUUUUGUUAAGUCCGUCUAAUUUGGUCAAAUUUCCGGUUAGAAAGGUAUAUCGGUGGUCAAUCAAAUUUCGAUGUUGAAUCAACAUUCACUAAUAAUUCGGUCGGCACAUCGGAACGGUUUACGUCGGAAAUAAAACAUUCAAUAUCGAGAUGAGGUUAUAAACAAUGACACAUCUGGUCGGAAUCAUAUCCUUAUUUGAAAACUUGGUGGGAGGAGCCUGAGUUAUGUUAGUAGCUCGAGCACACUUCAACCGUCACCGGAGUACAUCUGAUUCUGAGGUAAGCUAGAUGUUUUGAUUUUACAUAGUUCUUUACACUUAUAUAUAAAAUAUUCCACCAAUAUGUUGUUGUUGAAGUUGUUAUGUGUUAUACGGUUUAGGUUUUGAAACCUUAUUUUUUAAUUUAUCGUCGUGUUAGCUUAGCACACGGCCUGUCUGAGGGGAGCCGCAGUUAAUCUCUUUGGGAAAUGUUAAAGCCGUUUUAGUUGUUUAAAACAACCACAUACAGCAUCUAUGAAGUGUAAAACAUUAAACUUUUUAUCAUUUUAAGAUGGCCGUUUGGUUAUUUCAAUUGGAAAUAAAACCACAAAACUGUUUGCUUGAGCGUAGCUAAACAACAUUGUCCUUACGAAGCCUGUAAACUAAAUUAACACAAGGUUGUAGUUAUGCAUUUACUUAUUCACCAUUGUCUCUAUGUUGCCAGUUUUUUUUUUUUUUUGUACCUGCAACCUGGAGCAUCACUUCAGCUCAGUAAUGUAAGUAAAAAGUUAUCAAGCAAUUGUUAAAUAGCAGCAAAAAAUGAGUAAUGAAAUAACAAUCAAUGGCAAAUAGAACAGAUACAAAUGAUGGAAACAGUGUGUUUAAUGUAGGUCUGAAAUUGUUAUUUAAAGUGAAGUGUAAUUAAAUGGACAAGCUGCUAUAAACACAGGCACUCACUGUUGUGCUUAAAACAUGCAAUAGGCAAAAUGUUGUUCAACUCUUAUGAUUUCUGACUGAUUGAACAUAAAAAAACAGUGAUUGUUCUAAUUGUGUUAGUUCUGUCCGGGGGAGACCUGGAAGCAGUGUUGACCCAGUACACAGCCAACAAUGAGGCAUGGAGGGCCAUCUCCAGUCCCGAAGCUGUUCUGAACAACCGCUUUAUCAGAGUGUUCUGGCGCAGUGAAGCCACGUCCAACACACAGGAGCAGACACACAGUCAGAGCUCGAACCCUGUCCAACAGCACCCCUCAGCAGCACAUAAGGAAGGAAUUAUUUCCUCAACAGAGCCACCUCACUGGAUGGUAAUGCACUUUCCAUGUCUAAAGCCGGCUUCACACUGGAUUAGGGCUGUAACGGUACGUGUAUCGAUAUCGAACCGUCACGAAAACCCCAGGGCAGGGCAGAACGUGGCAUUACAUAGGGCUGGGCGAUUAAUCUAAAAGUAAUCGAAAUCGACAUUCAGAACCUAUAAUCGAUCAAAUUUUUCCAGGUCGAUUAUUCCGAUUACUUUCCCUUUAAAAACACUACCGCGUGUGGAGUCACGUGACCCCGCUCUGUUACGUCACGUUAUUCCGCCGACAUGUCGAGCAUGGAGAGCUUAAACACUGAGACAACUGAGCAACAAGAGCAGCUUGUACCAAAGAAAAACGCAGUCUCCGUCGUUUGGACACAUUUUGGCUUCAGUAAGGAUGACAUCGAACAAAAUGAAGUCAGAUGUAGACACUGUAGAAAAACAGUUUUGACGCCCAAAGGUAACACCACCAAUUUGUUUCAACACUUGGAGCACAAUCACGUUACUGAAUAUGAACAGUGCAUGGCUCAAAAAAAACAAAAAGAGACUGACAAGCGCCCAGCAACAAGUGCCUCCGCAAAGCAGAUGUCGAUAACACAAGCGUUCACAAAUGCCACACAGUAUGAGAAGAGUUCAAGAAGAUGGAAAGAAAUAACUGACGCUAUUUGUUAUUACAUCUCAAAGGAUAUGACUCCCUUGGCUACAGUGGAGCGAAGCGGGUUUAAACACCUCGUUAAAACUCUCGACAGAAGAUACACUGUGCCAUCGCGAUCACAUUUUUCUAAAACUGCGCUGCCAGACAUGUACAAGACAUGUUGUAAAACUGUAGCUGCUGAACUGAAAAAUGUUCAACACUUUGCAGCCACAUAUGAUCUCUGGUCAAGUAGGACGAUGGACCCAUUCUUGAGCCUUACUUUGCACUACAUUGACGACGAUUGGAAGCUGCGCCAGAGAUGCCUUGAGACGGCAUAUUUUCCAGCCGAUCACACGGCAGAUAUGAUUGCGCAAGGUCUGAAAGAUAUGCUUUCUGAAUGGGACCUUGCGGAAGAAAAACUUUCAGCCAUUACGACAGACAACGGUGCUAAUGUUGUCAAAGCUGCUGCGCUUAAUGAAUGGAUACGGCAGCAGUGUUUUGGACACCGACUACACCUUGCAAUUGAAAAUGGAUUGAAAGAUCAACGUGUGACACGUGCAGUGAGGGUGUGCAAAAACAUAGUCAGUGCUUUUUCCUAUAGCUGGAAAAAAAAGAAGGCAUUAAUGAAGGUGCAACAAGAACUGAACCUGCCACAACACAAGCUAAAAACAGCAUGCGUUACCAGAUGGGGAUCGAUGCAAAUGAUGAUUGCAAGAGUCCUCGAACAAAGGAAAGCUAUUACACAGGUCCUUUCUGAAGACAAAAAAUCCAGGCACCUUGUUCCAUCGUGGGCUGACCUGGAUGUCUUAGAGGCUGUCAGCAAGGCUCUUUCCCCCUUGAUGGAGUUCACAGACGCCCUAUCAGGGGAAGAGUAUGUGACCAUUUCAUUUGUAAAGCCUGUACUGCACAUCCUCAAUUCACGAGUGCUUGCUGAGGAGGAAGAUGAUGUGGAGCUGACUAAAACUAUCAAAACCAGCAUCCUCAGGUACCUUAAGGAGAAGUACUCAUAUCCUAUCACAGAAGAACUACUGGACACAGCCAGUUUUGUUGAUCCCAGAUUUAAAGCUACCUACAUUUCUGCUCACAAUGUCCCCACCAUUCAGGAGAAAGUGAAAACAGAGAUGGAGAAGAUGUCAGAAGCUGAAGUCUGCAGAGAAAGUCAGAUUACAGAGACUGCAGAACCAACAACUUCAUCAGCAGUAGCAAAAAAGCAAAAGAAGUCAUUAGGAAGCUUUUUUAAAGGGAGUGAGGCAACACCUUCAGCUACACCCACUCUGUCACUUCAGCAAUCGCUAGAAGCAGAGAUGAGCUGCUAUUUGGUGUCCCCCAUGCUGGAUAGUGAGGCAAAUCCACUGGACUGGUGGAGGAAGCAUCAUGUACACUUUCCCACUCUAAGUAAGGUGGCAAAAAAGUAUCUCUGCAUACCAGCUACUAGCUCCCCAUCAGAGCGGGUUUUCAGUUCGGGCGGAAACAUUGUUACAUGCCUCAGGUCCUGCCUGAAACCUGAAAAGGUUAACAUGCUCGUGUUUCUUAGUAAGAACUUAGAGUAAAUUCAAGAUCACUAAGAUCACCUCACGCAACAGUGUUUAAGAGAGUUCUAUUUUCAUUACAACAAUCUGUUGUUUACAUUGAUACAUUGCACAUUAAAAUAUUUGUUUACAGAAGAUGCACAAGAAAUGCACUGUUUAAAAUAUUAUUUACAGGAUAUACAAGAGUUAUUUUAUUUAGAAGAGAUACUGCUUAUUUUCUACUUUUAAUAUGAAAAACAUUGAAAAUAAUUUAUUUUGUUUCCAAAA